CCACCGAGUUUAAUUACUUUAUACACACAUUAAACUAAACACACACACACUGCUACUACUAUCCUAUGAAGAAUUCGAAGCAGCUUGCUAACAUGGCUGGGGAUGAAGGUGGUGAUGCACCUAAUAAUAAUCAUAAUCACACUUCAUUAUCUAAUAAUUGUGAUGAUGAUAACAAUAAUAACAAGAAGGUGUACAAAGGGGUGAGGAAGAGAAAGUGGGGGAAAUGGGUAUCUGAAAUUAGGCUUCCAAAUAGCCGCGAACGCAUUUGGCUUGGCUCUUAUGAUUCUCCUGAAAAAGCUGCGCGUGCAUUCGACGCUGCCCUUUAUUGUCUCCGAGGUUGUCGAGCCAAUUUCAAUUUCCCCGACACUCCUUUCAACUUGAGCACCAGCGCCGUUCAUCAUCAUUCGCUUACUCAUCAAGAAAUUCAAGAGAUUGCUGCUAGCUUUGCCCAUUCUCAGGACCCACAUCAUGAUGAUCACCAACAAGAACAACCAAAUAGCAAUGACAAUGAUUCUUCAUCAGUUGGAUUGUUAGAAUCCAAAGCUGAUGCUGCUGUUGUAUCUCAAGAGCAAGUGGACAACAACAUGAUGAUGGAUUGGACAUUUUUGAAGGAUUUGGGUGGUUCUUGUUCUGCUGAUUGUGGGGGUGCUCUCUAUUCUGAUGAUGAGUUGGACAGAAUUGAUCAUCACUACUCGGGUGAUGAAUUGUUGUUCUCGGUACCAACUUUUCAGGAUAAUGUGGCUGAUGAUGACCCUUUUUUUAACCAAUCAUUCCUUUGGAAUUGGAGCUUCUAAUUCCUUUAUUGUUCCAGUAAAAAAUAUUAGACCAACAUUAGAAUUUAGAGGAGUGUUCAUCUUGAAUAAUACAAACAACCACCAAUUAAAUAAAAAUACAUUAUAUUUCUAAAUUAAUCAUCUAAAUUUUAAUAUUAAAAUAAUCAUUCGUACACCUAAUAAAAUGAACAUCCAAUAUAUCUAUUAUUUGUUGUGAUAAGUGUGAAGUGGAUAUGAGGUGGAUGACCAUUUCUCUAUGUUAUUGAGAAUAUCAAGAGAGAUUGUAUAAUUAAUUGAGUUUGAAAAAGUGACCCUUUGUAUGUAUAUAAAUAGGAAUUUGCUCUGAAGGAGAUACACACAGAAUU